ACUGUCAGCAUGAAUCGCAAUACUAAACUGAGCCCAUGCAAAGAGUAAAUACCUCGCCGCUUCGCGGCUCGGUUUUCACGCAUUGCACGGGCUCAGGAUAGUAUAGCGAUGCACACCUCCACCUCGGUCUGUAUCUACUACGUACAUAUACAAAGGUCGUUGGACGGAUAAAAACGGGUUGUAAACGGGUUGUAAACUAGUUGGAUUAAACUGUGUACUAUUAACGAAAACGAAACUAGAACUUAAACUUUAAUUCAUUAUAAGUGUAACUGUAAAGACAUCAGGAUAUAACAAAAUGGCUGAAGGAGGUGGCUUCACAUCAGUCAGAGACGGUUCAGAUGCUGAUUUCGAAAUUGUGUGUGCGCCAUGCGGGGAAGAUAACAUCAGAGAAGAAGCUGUCAAAUUUUGCGUAGAAUGCAAUCAAUAUCUUUGUACAGCGUGUGCUAGAUAUCAUAGAAGGAUAGCAGCUUUGAAAUCUCACAAGCUUUUGGAUACAGAUGAUGCCAAAAUCGCAUCAGUAUCUGCCAUAGUAACGAAAUGUCGGUACCAUCCGGAUCGAGACAUUGAGAUGUUCUGCGGAACACACGACAUGGUCUGUUGUCUAAAGUGUAUAGCCACGGAGCAUAGGACUUGUGAGAGUGUUAAGAACAUAGAAGACGUAACGACACCUUUUGUCCAACAAAAUGAAAUACAAGGUUUAAAAGACGAAACUAAAGCUGUUCGCGAUCAGUUAAUAGCUGCAAACAAGAAGAAACAGACAAAUGUCGAUUCCUUUGAAGAGCAAAAAAAGGAAAUACUACGCAAUAUUCAGGAUAUCGAAAGAAAAAUAAUAGAACAUAUCGGGAAAUUAAAAAGAGAAGCAGUUGAGAGUUUGAACAAAAGGUAUUCUGAAAUAAAUAGAGAAAUGGAAGCAGAAAUCACAUUGACGGCCAAUACAAUAACAGAAGUCGACAAGUCAACAAGUAUGUUGCAAACUGUAAGCAAUAUGGAUGCUAGACAACAGUUUGUUCAAAUGAAGCUGAUACAAAGGACUGUAAAAGAUGCUAAGAAAUUGUUUGAAGAAAGUGAGUCACAGGGUACUAGGGUUGCUCGUUUUAUUGAAAAUGCAGAUUUGAAAACCGUUAUAAUGACUGUCACUGAAUUAGGACGGUUUGAGACAAUGAACAAAAAUCAGAAGCUGCCUACUCCAAAACAAUAUCAAAUGAAAUCAAUGAAAGAGAUUAAAGUCAGAAUGCCAAAUGAUAGUUAUGAUUGUUAUAUAUCUGAUACAUGCCAGCUUCCUGACGGUACGAUCAUACUCACCGACUACUUAAACAGAAAGGUGAAAUGGCUUGACACAAAUUAUAACGUAAAGUGUCAUUGUGAUCUAAAGGCCAAUCCUAGGGACAUCUGCUGUACUACCAAGAAUGAAGUUGCUGUGAAAAUGAACAACCACAAAGUUCAGUUUAUAUCGGUUGAUAGUUCGUUAGCUGUACUGAAAGAUAUAUCGAUAGAAGGUGGAAGUUACUGGGGAAUGGCGUAUAUUGCUGGAGAUUUGUGGGUAUCUACCAGAAGUGGUAUCAACGUGUACAGUAGAUCAGGUACACUUCUGAAAUCCAUUAAAAAUAACGUGAAUGGUCAGAGAAUAUUUAAAUCUUCUCCCCAGCAUAUCGCUGCCAGUAGAGAGAAUGUUAUUGUAGCAGAUGGAAGUGAUGGAGCUAUGUGUUUAGGAAGAGAUGGAAAAGUGAAAAGUGACCUGCGGGAUGGAAGGCUGAACUUCACACAAGGUGUGUGUGUAUCUAGUGAUGGCACUGUGUUUCUGCCUGGAUCUUACUCACACAACAUUGUGAUGUUUAGUGAUGAUGGAAAUUGUAAAGGGGAGCUGCUAACGCAAGAAAUGGGGAUAACAUAUCCUGGUUCGCUCUACUACGACAACAAAAGAAAUUGCCUUAUUAUAGCAUGUCAUAGAAGAUGUGAUAGUAUUUACAUACUUGAAAUGUGCGAUUGAUUUGAAGACAGACAAAUACUGUAAAACACUUGGGACAACAGGAUAUGUCGAUGAAUUGCAAACAUUUUCCAAGACAUUUGCAAAUUCGUAUUUUAAUUGAAUUAUAUGCUAUAUCUGUUUCCUAGUCUGAUUAUUUAGAUAGUUCUCACAAAUCGUUUUAUAAAUAGACUUUAUGAACUGGCAAAUGUAUUUGACUCUUUGCAUUCUCAAAGUGAUUCAUAAUUACAAUUAAUAAUUCAAUAGUUGCUAUCACAUACUUGAAGAGUGAGUGUGAGAAGUAAGACCAAAUAUACUUAUGUUUUAAAUGUAUGUCUUUGAAAAUCUUGGACCAUAUCAUAUCUUGACCAUUUUAGAAAACAUUUUAUAAAGCAAACGGAUGUUCUUGUGUUAAUGAAGCAAAAAUUAGUCACGGAAAUAAAAGCAUAUAUCACAUACCGGUAUUGAUACUUUGAUCAGUUGUGUCGUAUUUUGUUUGGAGAUUGUUCAUUACAUUCACCGUAGUUUAGGUUGGAACGAAUAUACUAAUUAAUUGCAUAAUAUUUAGGUUGAAUUUGAUGAAUGAAUUAAUGUUAAAAUCCGAUCUUGCCGGUACGUUUCCAGAUCGAUGACCAUUAACUAUACAACCUACCAACCAAAUGGAACUAAACAAUACUAAUGUACUUAAAUUGCAAAAAAGAUAAAUUUACUGCUUGCUUGGAACCGGUCUUCAAGAAGAAAUUGGUAGCCUCUUGUCUACAGAUGAACUACUAUUUUCUUCAGCUUAUUUUACAUUAAAAGGCUCAAUGUUUUCCUUUAGAAUGGCUGCUACAGUUUCCGUUUUGAACUUAAAAUAUUUUAAUUUCUUGUUAAAUCCUACUUCCGAUAAUUGUUUUCUCCAAUAUUU